AUGUCUACUUCGCAAGUUGACGUGUUGUUACUGGAACCUUUCUAUGGCGGUUCACAUAAACAGCUGAUCGAUCUGUUACAUGCUGAGGUUGGAGGUACUUCUAUAUGGACACUUCCGGCUAAAAAAUGGCACUGGAAAGCCAGGACAUCGGCAUUGUAUUUUGCUGAGAUAAUUCCUAACACAUGUAACAAAACAUUAUUUGCAAGCUCAGUACUGAACUUAGCAGAGCUUGUGGCUUUAAGACCAGAUCUGUCAAGACUCAAGAAAGUCCUCUACUUUCAUGAAAACCAGUUGAUAUAUCCUGUGAGAAAACAACAAGAAAGAGAUUUCCAGUAUGGGUACAACCAGAUUUUAUCUUGUUUAGUUGCAGAUUUAGUAUUAUUCAACUCUCUUUACAACAUGGAAUCCUUUUUGUCAUCUAUUGAUUCAUUUCUGAAACUUAUACCAGAUCAUCGUCCACACGGGAUAUCAUCUAAAAUUCAACCCAAAUGCCAAGUGUUAUAUUUUCCCAUUAAUUUCCCGGUCAUCACGUCGAGAGCCUCAUCUCUGGAUGAAACAAGGCCAUUGCACAUUCUAUGGGCUCACAGGUGGGAACAUGACAAGGGUCCAGACAUCUUUUUUGAGGCAAUCUAUAAACUUGUGGAAUGUGGAGUUAAGUUUCAUCUUUCAGUUUUGGGAGAAUCGUUUUCAGACAUACCGGACGUAUUCAUAGAAGCUAAAGAAAAACUGAAUGAUUAUAUUAUAAAUUGGGGGUACCAGGAAAGUAAGCAAGACUUUUUCUCAAUUCUACAAAUCGCUGACGUUGCUGUGUCCACUGCAAAUCAUGAAUUCUACGGAGUUUCGAUGUUAGAAGCUGUUCAUUUCAAGUGCUUCCCUCUGUGUCCAAAUAAACUAGUUUAUCCGGAAAUAUUCCCAGAGGAGUGUUUAUACCGGACAGAUCAACAACUAUUCAAGAGACUGAGGGAGUUCUGUCGUCAUCCUCACCUCAUACGUAACAAGAAUUUACAGAUUGACACAACUAAAUUUAGUUGGAAGACACUGCAGUCACAGUACAAACACAUUUUAAAAUCAGACGAUUCUUGACUCUUAAUAUUCAACCUUAUUUAUAGCAUUCUCUAUGUCCUAAUAACAGUUUAAAAAGUAAAAUUUUACUUGUGCUACUUUUCCAAUAAUACAAUUCAUACAUAUUACCUAAGGUAUAAAGAUCCUAUUCUGUACAAAAUUCUCAAAAACUUAAUAAUUCAGCAGAGACAUUUAAUGCAAUUGCUUAUUAUUUUUAAUCUGCAUUGGCAUUAGCCAGGCCAUGGUACAACACAACCCGCAAUACCCAGGGUAUUUUUGAUUGUGUUGUAGUGUAGUGAAAUACAAACCUGAUUGAUUACAUUGUUGUCAUCAGCACCAUGUACAUUUAAAUAAGGUAAAUAAAUAAAC